CAUCGACAUCUAUUUGUUAUCAAAGAGCAAGUGGACCGUCGUUUCCAGUGGCUUUGCAUUUUCAACCGCUUAGAAUGUGGCCAAAUAAACAAUUUUUUUGACACGGCUCCUCAAUGGAUGCUGUCGCACGCCAUUGGAGCGUCAAGUGUCGAAACAUUGACCAAUCGUUUGUGACGGAAGAACAAGAGAUCCAAUCAACGUUCAGGAUCUCCUCCACCCGGAAACUGAAGUUCCUGUUCAGAGAUGCUGGGAGUGGAAUCAGCCGGCGGCGUGGACAAAGUUGUCGAAAACAUUGGAAGUCUGCCAACAGAUUUGUUCGCAGAAACAUGUCAGCAGAUUCUGAAUCAGCUUCAAGGACGAGUUCAGGCCAUAGAUGUGGUCGAGAUCUGUGACAGAUUUCAUAAAGCUGGACUAGGCCUGGAGCUGGGGGCUGUUCAGGAGAUAACUAAACUGCUUUCAUUCCAUUUCCGAUCAGCGGCGAAGAGCAGCCUCUCUGCGGAGCAGCUGACCAGCCGGCUCUGUGAGGGCAGCAGCAGGUGGGCUAAACCCGCCCUGCAGGUGGUGCGUAAACUGUGGAGUGAACAGGGUGCUUCCGUCUGCGGCCACCAGGAGGCGCAGGCCAUGCUCAGCGUGGGGCAGCUGGUAGAUGUCCAGUGGAAGUUGGGGAUGGCGAUCAGCUCGGACAGCUGCAGGUCCCUGAACUCGCCCUUCGUCACUUUACUGCUGAAGGUGGCGGACUCGUCGGGGCAGAUCUCCAGCAAGUCGUUUGAAAUGACAAUCCCACAAUUCCAGAACUUCUUCAAACAGUUCAAGGAAAUGGCGGCUGUCUUGGAGACAAUAUAACGUUGAAAAGAGACUUCCUAAAAUCCCUCACUGUGCCUGAUCCCUGAUGAAGCCUGACUGUUCAGUGAUGGCAGCAUGUUCAUAAGAGUGGUACAUUGUGUGCUGUCUCUGGAGUAAACCAGAGGUGCCUGUUCCACUACAGAAAGAGUCCAACUCCACAGAAAAUAUCCAGUGCAGUGUAUUUAUUUAGGGUAUAUAUGGUCCUGACUAGACUAAUAUAAGCACUCUUAAAGUUUAUUAAAACUGAGAAUAUUGUUAUUUCUCUAAUUAUUGAAUGUGCUGUAUGUUUACAUGACCCCAAUCCAUAUGUAUGUGCAGUACAAAAUGCAUUUCACAAUACUACGGCUACUGCUUUACAAAAAAGUAGCUUGUUACCUGGAUUCAACAACACGCUGCAGAUUUGAGCUGUUUAAAAGCAGCUUUACUGUGGUGUGACUAACGGUAAUGGGUUAAUUAUGACUGCAUUUGGGGUCUGUCCAAAAGAAGAAGAAGAAAAAAAAAAUGUGGUAUGCUGUUUUUGUAUGACAUUUUUACUGAGUAGUGAUCUCCUGUCAAAAAUAUGUGGUGCUUAGUUAUAUUUAUAGCCAACAAAGAAAAUGGAUACAGUCAUAUUUGUAACGUGUGCAACGGCAUUAACAAAUGAAGGCCUUUGAGAAUUGAUUCAAAUUUAAAUGCUAAUUUAAAUAACAGGCUGUCAGAGAUCUGUUUUUGUCGCAUAACAAUCACAGUAUAGAAAGUUAACAUUCCCGUGACACCAUGUCUUUUACUAACUACUAACUACUACCUACUACCUACUAACACCUGUGCUGGUGUUCUGGUAAGUGUCACCUCACAUUCUGUGUGGUGAUUGCUGGCUAUGUAGAGACAGGCUGCAGUUUGUGAUGAAAUAAAAUCAGUUAAUCAUUUUGCUUUUCAGCUUACCUGUGAUGGAAAAACGCACUUAAGCGUCUUCAAAAUACAGUCCACGUGUACUCCAAUAAAACAACGAUGUUAAAUUUACCUACAAAAA